CUUUUUAUACUGCACACGUGGUUUAUGAAUGAGGUCUGAAUGAAAUAGGAAUUUUAUGGGAAAAUAAGCGCCGGGCUUGUGGAUAAAAAAAAGUCGACAAUGGCAGACAGCAACGAGAUGACCAUCAACCUUGUUGUCCUGGGAAGAUCUCAGACUGGCAAAAGCGCUGCUGGGAACAGCCUGCUGGGCAGCUGGGACUUCGAGAGUCGUCGCUCCCCCAGCUCCGUGACCACAGGCUGCAGCCUCGGGCGCAGCUGCCGCAUUUCGGGGAUCAUAAGAAGAAAUGGCCGCGAGCUCACUCUCCGUGUUCGAGUCCUCGACACUCCAAGCUACCCCCACAGCGGCCUGAGCAAAGAGGAGGUGAGAGACACAGUGAGGUCAGCCCUGGCUCACCACUUCGGGGAGGAAGGCCUGCACCUGGCCCUCUUGGUCCUGAGGGCCGACGUGCCUCUGUGUCCAGAGGAAGGCGAUCAUGCAAUUCACUUCAUCCAGGAACUUCUGGGUCCCACAUGGAAGGAUUUCACUGCAGUUCUACUUACUCAUGCAGACAAGGCAGAAGAGGGUGGAUUCAGUGAGGAAGCAUACAUAUGCAGUGCCUCAAGUACCCUGCUGUCACUUUUGAGCUCAGUACAGCAUAAAUACAUUUUCCUAGACAACCAGAAGAGCAUAAUUAAAGAGGAAAGAGCUAUUGUCUUAAGAAAGAUCUUGAAUUUCAUAAGACAAAAUAAUUAUCAAGUGCUUCUACUUAAACACAGCAAGGAAUAGAAUUAGCUUUCAUGUGCUCAUUUGUCUACUUUCUAUGGUAGGUACCAUUUAAUUAAAGAAAUAAAAGAGCCAUCAGCUGGAAAAUUCCACAUUUGUACCAAAUACCUUUGAACACACAGU